AUGGCAGAGAAGUAUUUCAUCAGUUGGCAUCUACUGGCUUUAUUUUUUCUUCCAUUUUGCCUGUGUCAAGAUGAAUACAUGGAGCCCCCACAAACUGGACCGCAGAAUCCAGACUGUAGUUCCUGCUGCCGUGGUGACUUUGGAGUUCGACUCUACCAAGGGCCCCCAGGACCUCCCGGGCCCCCUGGGAUGCCAGGAAAUCAUGGAAACAAUGGAAAUAAUGGAGCAACUGGCCAGGAAGGAGCCAAAGGUGAGAAAGGAGACAAAGGAGAUAUGGGACUGAGGGGAGAGCGUGGCCAUCAUGGACCCAAAGGCGAGAAGGGUUACCCUGGGAUUCCCCCAGAGCUACAGGUCGCAUUCAUGGCUUCCAUGGCUACUCACUUCAGCAACCAGAACAGUGGGAUCAUCUUCAGUAGUGUCGAAACCAAUGUUGGGAAUUUCUUUGAUGUCAUGACUGGGAGAUUUGGUGCUCCAGUGAACG